GGCUGCGUCGUUAACGCUGCGAACAGUACUUUUGAGCAUACAAGCGCUCAUGUGCUCACCUGAGCCAAAAGAUCCGCAGGAUGCUGUUGUAGCCAAACAAUAUAUGUCCAAUCCGGGGCUGUUCAAGUUCUCUCCUAAGAAUCGUGCUCCUACAAGUGCUAAGGAGCUGCAGCUGCACCAUCACUGGAAACCUUGUUUUGAAGGCGCAUGCAA